AUGGCUCCGUCGAGAGGUCUCGGUCUUCCGCAGCUCCGCAGCAUCUUUGCAACAUCCACCGACCCUCGCGGCAACAUGGCUCUCGCUAGGCGGUCCUUCUCGUCUUUUGCGGAGCGGCUUGCAGACCCCGGCAACAAAUUUCAGAGCUACCUCUCACGCAGCAGAGACCCCUACCUCAACCUUUCGAUCGAGGACUACAUCUUACGGAACUCUCCGCCCGACUCGACCGUCCUUUUCCUUUACACGAACCGACCCUGCAUCGUCAUCGGCAGGAAUCAGAACCCGUGGACGGAGGUGAAUCUGUGCAUGCUCGACGCGGCAACGCACGGGGGCCGAGCCGCGAAGGACACCGAGCCGCCUGCUAUUGGCGAUGUACACCUCGUGCGACGUCGCUCUGGCGGUGGGGCCGUCUUCCACGAUGAAGGAAACCUCAAUUGGAGCAUUACAUGCCCCCGCGGAGACUUUACACGGGAUAAGCAUGCGGAAAUGGCCGUUCGCGCUUUGCGGAAGCUGGGCGUCGACCGGGCCAGGGUCAACGAGCGGCACGACAUCGUGCUGGACCAGGGACACACGAAGCGCAGCGCCGAACCCAACGACACACAUCGCACGCCGUAUACCGUCCACGAAGGCGGGUCUAGGCCUUUGAAGGUAUCCGGCUCCGCAUACAAGCUGACGCGGGCGCGAGCGCUGCAUCAUGCGACGACCCUGCUCGCAUCUCCGAACUUGCACAUCAUUCCGCAAUACCUCCGGUCGCCCGCGAAGAAGCACAUACAGGCCAAGGGCGUCGAGAGCGUUAGCUCACCUGUUGGCAACAUAGGGCUGGACAUGACCCUAUUCCAGAAGCGCCUGCAGGAAGAAUUUGCGGCAAUGUAUAGCGGCGGCGCUGGCAAACACUCAGCUGUGCAAACCCUGGGCGAGGAGCAUUUGAACAUUCCCGACAUCAGAAGGGGGUACGAUGAGCUUCGGACCGAGGACUGGAUGUGGUCGCAGACGCCGCAAUUCACAGUCAAUCUCCAGCCGUUCGAUGGCAUUCAUGUCGAGAUGAAGGUACAUCAUGGGAUCAUCAAAACCUUCGACGCCAAUGGCGCUACGCAUUCAGCCGGAUCGCUUGAAGAAGUCCGAUCCGCGCUCGUAGACCAGAAGCUGCAGGACAUUCGCAACUGGAACAAGCAUCUUCGCAGCCGCAUCGAUUCGUGGGAGGACCACCAUUCCGUUGUUGCGGACCGAUUGGAGGAGCUCUUGCCCAUCCCGCAGCUGUCGACGUGCUGA